GAUGUCUGCAAGGCAUGAUGCGUGCUGACUGCAUGCUGUGGCAGCUCGUCCUACAAGUCGGCUUGAUCCGGCAUUGGACAGCUCUGGUAUAAUCUACCGGACACACCACGCGUCCAACGAAGACAGACUGCUGCCAUGAGACUGCCACAAUCUGCAUCUCGAGCCAGUCAGUCAGCUUGCCGUGCUAUUGUCAAGAUACAACGCUAUCGAAGAUACACACACAGCACUGCGCCUCUCCGAGCCAACAAGCCAACCCCCAAACGGACAAGCACCUCACCUAUCCAUGUACAUAAUCAUCAUCAUAAUCAUAACCACACCAAUCCAGACCAACCCGCAGAACCAGAACCCAAACCACUCCCACUCACUCAGCAGUCAGCACUCAGCACUAUCCCAUCCCCACAUCGCGACUCGAAAACAAACUCGCCCUCAACCCAUACGGAUUAUUCCCCAUGAUCUCCAGAUGCGUAUACGCAUCACACUUGUAAUAAAUCGGGCGUUCGCCAGACUUCACCAG